AUGAGGCAUGGUUCUGGCAUAUUGUUGCGAUGUCCUGGUUGUUCAAAACACUAUAAAACAAAAAAUUCGCUGUCAGUGCAUCAGUCCAGGGAUUGUAAAUACAAAUCAAUGUUCAUGUGCUUGGAAUGUAGAAGAACAUUCAGACGGAAGGAAAAUGUCAGGCAUCAUCUUUUUAUCAACAAGGAUUGCAAUAAAGGGGGAUCUGCUUUGAAUUUCGUCAGAAUUAAAGAUCCAGAAAUGAUUAAACAAACUCACAUGACUCCAAAGGUACAAUGA